CUUCUCUGUGAUUACUUGAAUAUAGUUUCUGCUAUCUCUGAAUUUCUAACUCUUCCGAAUGAACAUAAGAUUACUUCAAAAUGCGCCCCAGAAACCGAUCUGACUUCUCCAUCGCUAUAAUCUGCGCCCUGACUCUUGAGGCUGAUGCGGUUGAAGCUCUUUUCGACGAAACCUACGAUCGACUGGGCAAAUUGUAUGACAAAAAGCUCGGUGAUGCGAACUCGUACAUAAAUGGGAGGAUUGGAGAGCAUGACGUUGUCCUGUGCUAUAUUCCUGGAAUGGGAACAGGCAGCACGGCCAGCAUAGCUUCGAGCCUACGAGUCAGCUACACGGGGGUCCGACUUGCACUGGUAGUUGGGACCUGUGGGGGAGCUCCAUACCCAUCAAGUGAACAAAAUAUCUUUCUUGGCGAUGUCAUUGUGAGCGAUGCCCUGGUACAAUAUGAUUUCGGCAGACAAUACCCGGGUGGCUUCCAGCCCAAGAGGGAUGUCAAAGACAUCUUGGGAAGACCGGAACGAGAAAUUCGAACCCUCCUAGCAGGUCUUCAAGCAAGGCGAUCACGCAUUGAGUUUCAAGACCAGAUGCUUCAGCAUUUUCACAUAAUCCAGCAAUCAGAGACACGAUGGCAUCACCCGGCAUGUGAGGAUGUCCUGUAUGAGGCUUCUCAUCACCACAAACAUCGCAGUGGAGGUUCUCCUGUGAAAUGCCAAUGUUCCGGCGGUGAAGGGCCUGACGAUAUCUGUAGCCAAGCAGAGAUGGAAGACUGUAAUCGACUUGGUUGCAAUGAAAGACAGGUUAUUCGUCGUCGAGAUGGCACGGGAGUAUCAUUUCACAUUGGAAAGCUGGCAUCUGCCAGCACAGUCAUGUCAUCUGGGGAACACCGUGACAAAAUAAUCCAAACAGAGAAUGUCAUUGGGUUUGAAAUUGGGGGUGCCGGAGUGUGGGAUAACAUUUCCUGCAUUAUCAUCAAGGGUGUGUGCCACUAUGCGGACAGCCACAAUAACGACAAAUGGCAAGCUUAUGCUGCGGCAACUGGUGCUUCAGCUGCUAAAACCUUCUUGGAGUAUUGGAGGCCUAUUCGUAGAGAAGAGCGAGCACAUCACUGGAUGGUCCCGUUUGGAAGGAACCCGCAGUUUGGGGGUCGUCUGGACGAAAUUUCCAAAAUUGAAAAGUUAAUUAGGCGAGAUGAUGGACCGACCAAGAUUGCGAUCUCUGGCCUAGGCGGGGUGGGCAAGACGCAGGUGGCGCUUGAAUUGGCCUUCCUCAUGCGCGAUGAAGGUGCGAAGCGCUCGAUCUUCUGGAUUCCGUGCACCAGCUAUGAGAGUGUUGAAAAGGCAUAUAUGAGCAUCGCUAAAAUGGUAGGGCUCCAAGAUGUGAAGUCAACAGAAGCAAAAGAAAGAGUCAAGACCUAUUUGAGCCACAAGGACGCUGGGAAAUGGCUUCUCAUAUUUGAUAAUGCCGAUGAUAUGGAUAUGUGGAUCAAUGGCAGCAAUACCGUCCCGGCGCUCAAAAGCUUUCUUCCCCAGAAUGAGCAAGGCCAUGUUAUUUUCACCACUCGCAAUAGCAAGCUGGCAGUGAAACUAGCCUCCUCUCAUGUGAUAUCGGUCCCCGAGCUUGAUGAAGAGACUGGAAUGGAGCUCCUCAAAAAAUCACUGAUUAACAAAGACCUGCUUGACGAGAGAGAGUUAGGCUUGGCCUUGCUUAAAGAGUUGACAUUCCUGCCACUGGCAGUUACUCAGGCGGUUGCAUACAUCAAUGAGAAUUGCAUAGGCCUCGCGGACUAUAUUGCACUUCUACAGGAACAAGAGCCGGAUGUUGUGGAGCUAUUAAGUGAGGGUUUUGAGGAUGAAUAUCGUUAUUCUGAUGCCCAGAACCCCGUUGCCUUAACCUGGUUGAUCUCAUUCCAGCAAAUCUGGCGAUUGGAUAAGCUAGCUGCUGACUAUUUGUCAUUCAUGGCAUGCAUCAAUCCGCGCGGCAUCCCUCGAUCACUUCUCCCCCAGCCAGCAACAGCGAAGAUGAGAACUGAUGCAAUAGGCCUUCUCAAGGCAUAUUCCUUUAUCAGUGAGCAGCCUAUCGACCACUCUCUCAAUGUUCAUCGGCUAGUGCAUCUUGCUAUCCGUAGCUGGAUGAGAAAGAAUCAGCAGUUUGCCCAAUGGACUUCUAGGGCUGCUGACCGAUUCAAUGAGGUCUUUCCAGAUGCCAAUCAUGACAAUGGAAAGCUUUGGCGACAAUAUCUACCACAUGCGCUAUCACUGGUAGGAGAGGUUGAGUUUCAGAUGCAGCAAGAGAAAUACGUCAGCUUGCUUCAUAAAAUUGGGAAUUACCUGUAUUGCGAUGGGAGAUAUCAUGAAGCGGAGCUGCUCUUUACAACUAUCAUGAAAACACAAGAAACGACAAGUGGUGACAAACACCCUGACUUCCUGGCCAUUAAAGCCAACCUGGCAUCGACAUACUGCCAUCAAGGACGAUGGAAGGAAGCAGAAGAAUUGCAAAUACAGGUGAUGAAUUCUCACAGGCAGGUCCUGGGACCAGAGCAUCCCGAUACUCUGAUCAGCAUAGGAAACCUGGCAGCAAUACAUCAGAGUCAGGGCCGAUGGAAGGAAGCAGAAGAAUUACAGGUACAGCUAAUCGAGACCAGUAAAAAAGUACUGGGGCCCGAACAUCCUAGCACUCUGACUAGUAUGGGAAACCUAGCAUCAACAUAUGUGAAUCAGGGACGACAGAAGAAAGCAGAAGAGUUGCAAUUACGGGUGAUGAAGACCUGCGAGCAGGUUCUUGGGCCAGAGCAUCCCAGCACUUUGACUAGCAUGUACCAAGUUGCCUGUACCUGGGAUUCUCUAGGGAAAGUUGACAACGCGCUGAGGUUGAUGGUAAAAUGCGUCAACCUUCGGAUCAAACAUCUGGGCCCUGAUCACCCGGAUACGUUUUGUUCCUCAGAGACUCUUGGCAGAUGGCUAAAGCGAAGGACCUCCCAUCACAGGAUAGAGUCUGAGCCAGAGCCUGCAAAGCACCGAACGCGAAUGUCUUUCAAGCGGCUUUUUCCAGAGAGAAUGACAGUUCCAGGUCAUUCAAACACGAUUCGGAAGGCAACGUUAAGCAUGAGAUGGAAGGCAACGUUAAGCAUGAGAUAUUUCUAUCAUCACCCAAGAUUCCAUGCAGAUGCUUAGGCUCCCCUCGUGCGGACAGUUUACUCAAACUGAUAUCCCUUCGUCCCUGUCACAGACCCUUCGUACUGAUACCUCUCCUCCAACUCAUAAUACCUGUUAAAUCCCACACCCUCGCAGACUUCAUCAUAGGGCAGGAUCAUUGGCGGCUUCCCCGUCAACAAAGAUCCCUUCACCCCCUCCAAAGCCUCCCGGAUGCUCUUCAGCUUCGCCGCCACCAACGUCCAGGGGUACGCAACGGCCGCAAACCCCAGCUCUCCCAGUUCCUUGGCGGAGAGGUUCUCGGUUUUCCCGCCCUCGAUGAUAUUCGCAAGCAUGGGGAAGUCCAGAUCGGAACGCAUCUGCGCCAUGGCGGCCCGGUCGGGCAGGGCCUCGACGAAGACCGCGUCGACGCCGAUCUCAAUGGCCUUGCGGGCGCGAGUGAGCGCCUCCUCGUAGCCGUGCAUGUAGCUAUCAGUGCGGGCAAGGAUCCAGAUAUCUGUCCCUUCGUUGCGGG